UAGGUUGUCAAAUGGUUUGUCAGAUUGUCUCAUUUUGCAUCAUAGCCAGUGGUAUUUGUUUACUAUGGACAUGUGGCUGUUGCGCACAUACAAGGACAACUAAUGAUGACAACGAGAACAGCAACGGUGUUAAUCCAACCAGUAUUCCAGCUCCGAUUGAUUACAGUAAACCAUACAUGAUUAAAUGUGAUUCAAAAGGCUCAUGCUAUGCUAGUCCAUUGAAUGAUGAUGAAAUACCACCAUUACCUAGCUAUAAUAAAGCGCUCACCUGUCCAACUCAUCCAUUUCCAAUAAUUCAGGAAUUAUCCAAAUCAGCUUGCAUUUGA